CUGCCCAGUCAGCUCUCGUUGGUAAAUUGUAACGUUUAUCCUUUCUCCUCCCAUUGUUAUCUUCAUUAACAGCUUGGACAAGCAAGCACUAAGGUCAUCAAUGGCUGCUUUCUGCUCAAACCCUAACCCUCACGCUGUGUUUCAGCGCCACAAAUGCAAAUGCCCUCUCGUUCGCACUAACAUUGCUACAUGCGGUAGUUUCCUGAACCGGGGAUACUGCUCGCUCAGCAGCAGCAGCACAGCAACGAGUAAUUCCUUCUCCUACGCCUCCGGCGUGGUACGCUGCGGCUUGGCUCCAAGGCGGCCGGAUUACGUCCCGAACAGAAUCUCCGAUCCUAAUUAUGUGCGAGUUUUCGACACUACUCUCCGGGACGGCGAGCAGUCCCCCGGCGCCACAAUGACCACCAAAGAGAAGCUCGACGUGGCGCGGCAGCUGGCGAAGCUCGGUGUGGAUAUCAUUGAGGCGGGGUUCCCUGCUGCCUCGGAGGCCGAUUUCGAGGCCGUCAGAUUGAUUGCGCAGGAGGUUGGGAAUGGGGAGGGCGAACACGUUCCGGUCAUAUGUGGCCUUUCCAGGUGCAAUCAGAGGGAUAUUGAUAGGGCUUGGGAGGCGGUGAAGGAUGCCAAGAAGCCUCGUGUGCAUACAUUCAUCGCCACCAGUGAGAUACACAUGAAGUUCAAGCUCAACAUGACCAGGGAGCAAGUGGUGGAGAAGGCCACCAGUAUGGUCGCUUAUGCCAGGAGCUUGGGCUGUUCCGAUGUUGAAUUUAGCCCUGAAGAUGCCGGGAGAUCUGACAGGGAGUUCCUUUAUCAUAUACUGGGAGAAGUUAUCAAAGCUGGGGCAACAACCCUUAAUAUACCUGAUACUGUUGGCUAUACACUUCCCACCGAAUUUGGACAACUGAUCGCUGAUAUAAAAGUCAAUACCCCAGGAAUUGAAAACGUCAUCAUUUCAACACACUGUCAGAAUGAUCUUGGGCUUUCUACUGCUAACACAUUAGCUGGAGCAUAUGCUGGUGCAAGACAGGUAGAAGUCACAAUAAAUGGCAUUGGUGAAAGAGCAGGAAAUGCUUCAUUGGAGGAGGUUGUAAUGGCCUUGAAAUGUCGUGGAGAGCAAGUACUUGGUGGCCUUUAUACUGGGAUCAAUACACAACAUAUUAUCAUGGCUAGCAAAAUGGUAGAAGAGUAUACUGGUUUGCUUGUGCAGCCACACAAAGCCAUUGUUGGGGCUAAUGCUUUUGCUCAUGAGAGUGGCAUCCAUCAGGAUGGAAUGUUAAAACACAAAGAUACUUAUGAGAUAAUGUCUCCUGAAGAUAUUGGGCUUCAUCGGGCUAAUCAAUCUGGUAUUGUCCUUGGAAAACUCAGUGGACGCCAUGCUUUGAAAACCAAAAUGCAGGAGCUUGGCUAUGACAUUGAUGGGAAGGAAUUUGAUGACUUAUUUUGGCGUUUUAAAUCUGUGGCUGAAAAGAAAAAGAAAAUUACAGAUGAUGACCUAAUUGCGCUCAUAUCAGAUGAAGUUUUCCAGCCACAGCUUGUUUGGAAACUUGGAGAUUUACAGGUGACAUGUGGCUCACUUGGCCUUUCUACUGCAACUGUUAAGCUCAUUGAUGCCGAUGAUGAAGAACAUGUUGCUUGUUGUGUUGGAACAGGGCCCGUUGAUGCAGCUUAUAAGGCAGUUGAUCUCAUCGUAAAGGUACCUGUGACGCUCCUCGAGUAUUCCUUGACUGCAGUUACAGAAGGUAUUGAUGCCAUAGCCAGCACCAGAGUUUUGAUUCGUGGGGAUAACAGCCACACAUCAACCCAUGCUUUAACUGGAGACGUUGUAAAUCGUACAUUUAGUGGGACUGGUGCAGCUAUGGAUAUUGUAAUCUCCAGCGUUCGAGCCUAUGUUGGUGCCUUGAACAAGAUGUUAAGUUUCACAAACCUAGUUUCAAGAUAUAAUAAAACCGAAGAUAAUGUAGUUGCCAAGUGAGUUUAUCGCGGAGAAAAGAAAUAGUUACAAUGUGGUUGCAGCUUUAUCAAUUGCAGAACAAGCAUGGAACAUAGAGACAGUAUUCAGAUCUAGUUGGGAGAUUCUGUAAAUUCUCUUGCUUGUAUUUUAUUUGAAAAGGUUUGUGUGGUUAAAGGUUGGUGUCAAGUAACUUACAGAAUAAUUAAUUACCUAAUAAUUUGUUGCAUCAGAAAAUGAUAGUUUAUUCGUGCAUAUUUGGUUAUUGCAUGAGUGGAAAGUUUAUGGUGAGAGGUUAAAUUGUGAAAA